AUGUUCACUAAGAUUUUGGCUGUUUCUGCUUUGGUAGCUUGCGCUCAAGCUGGAGUUUUCGAACUUGGACAUGGACACCAUGCCACUUCCUACUCCUCCCUUAGCGAUGCUCCAGUAUCUCACUACGCUUCUGCCCCAGUUGCUGCUCACUACGCCGCCCCAGUAGCUGCUUACCACGCCGCCCCAGUGGCAGCUUACCACGCCGCUCCAGUCGCUGCUUACCACCAUCUCCCAGCUGUUGUCAAGACUGUUGCCCCAGUAGCUCACUACGCCGCCCCAGUCGUCAAGGCUGUCCACCAAGAA